AUGCCGGCCACGCCGAGCGGCGGCGGCGCGCGGCCGGAGGAGGCGUCGCCCGCGCCACCCGCGUCGACGUCGUCUGCGUCCAGCUGCAUGGGGACGAGGCCGGAGGAGCUGACGGCGAGGCUGGCGGCCGCGGGGGCGGGGCCCGCCCCGGGCGCGGUCCCGGGCUGCGGCGGCGCCGGUGCCGGUGCCGGCGGAGAGGAGGUGGAGCACGAGCGUGUCCGUGCGCUGCGCGAGAUCAAGAACCAGAUCAUCGGGAACCGGACCAAGAAGCUCCUCUACCUCCGCCUGGGCGCCGUGCCGUCGGUCGUGGCGGCGCUGGCAGAGCCCGGAGCCUCGCCGGCGGCGCUCGUGCAGGCGGCCGCCGCGGCGGGGAGCUUCGCGUGCGGCGUAGAGGAUGGCGCGCGCGCCGUGCUGGCCGCCGGCGCUGUGGAGCACCUCACUCGGCUCCUCGCUCACACCGACGAGAAGGUUGUGGAUGCAAGUGCACGUGCUCUCAGAAUGAUAUACCAAUCAAGAUUAGCUCCAAAGUUUGAUGUUAAUAGUGGGAAAAACAUGGAUUUUGUUCUUUCGCUUUUGGACAGUGAGAACGAGAAUGUCACAGAGCUGGCUGCUGCUAUUAUAUCUCACUCAUGUGAGAGUAGUGCAGAACAAUUGUCACUAUGCAGUGCUGGAGUUCCACAGAAACUUGUUAGCCUUUUUGGAGGAUCUAUGAAUCUAAGGGAUGCUUGUUUAGGUUCGGUCACUGCAGUCAUUCGAAAUAACAGAGACGUUGCUUCAAGAUUUGCAUCAAUGGACCAUGGAAAAGGUUUUCGUUCAGUAGUUGGGUUAAUACAUGAUCGGAGUCCACGCACAAGACUACUUGCUUGCCUCUGCUUGAUUGCACUUGGGCAUGCUUCUCCCUGUCAUUUUCAGGACAAACAGAUUAAGACCAAGUUGAUUAUGGUUUUGCUUGAGCUAAUUGAAGAACCUGGUCACGUAGGAGAUGAAGCUCCCUUGGCAUUAACCACCCUGAUUAAAGACAGCUUCGAACUACAGAAACAAGCUCUUACAACGAAUGCAGUUGAGAAGCUCAGCAACCAUCUGCUAGCAAAUCCAUUGGAGACAAGGCGAGCAGUGACCAUAUUGCUUGCGUUAUCUGAACUUUGCUCAAAACUUGAAGAGUCAAGAUCUCAACUGAUGUCGGUUGAGGUAUCAACCUUACUCCUUGAGGCAUUGAAGCAUGAUUGGGCUGAUAUCCGCAUUGCAGCAUGUUCAUGUCUGAAGAAUAUCUCCAGGUCACCAAAGGUACUCAGUGGAGGUCGAUUAUCCUGCGAUACAGUUAUUGGUCCCCUAGUCCAGCUUUUAAAUGACUCAUCUACUUCGGUCCAGGUUUCCGCGCUUGGUGCCAUUUGCAAUAUUGCUGUUAAUUUGACACCCAGGAAAUCAGUUCUUCUUCACUCUGGGGUCGUCUCACAACUUGUUCAGUUGUCAAAGUCCAUGGAUGCAAUGUUGAGGCUAAAAUCUGUAUGGGCUCUCAGGAAUAUUAUGUUCCUUCUUAGUCCUAAGGAUAAAGACUUCAUUGUUAAGGAGUUGACCUUAUCUACUCUUUCAAGCCUCAUAUGCGAUUCUGAACAUUUUGUUCAAGAACAGACCUUGGCACUUGUGCACAAUCUUGUUGAUGGAUAUGUGGAUUCUGCUAAUUAUGUCAUUGGCGAAGAUGGAAUGGUUAUGGAUGCUAUUGCAAGGCAACUGAACAAUGCAUCUGCCCCGGGAGUGUGCAUUCAGGGUAUGUAUGUGCUUGCAAACAUUGCGGCUGGAAACGAAUUGAACAAGGAAGCUGUGAUGAAUGUUCUUCUUCCUCACAGAGCAGAUCGCAUCAAACCAUCAUUUGUAGUGAACUUUCUGCAAAGCAAGGAUAAACAGUUGCGGGUUGCCACCCUGUGGUGCCUUCUGAACUUGAUUUACCCAAAAUGUGAAACCUCAUCUGGUAGAGUUAUCAGACUACAAAAUGCUGGAGUGAUCCUACAAGUGAAAAGCAUGAUAAAUGACCCCUGCUUGGAUUGCAAGCUUAGAGUUCGUAUGGUGCUUGAACACUGCGUGGACAAUGCGGACGAUUGUUUCAUAUCAGGAAAGAGGAAAUCAGUGCGCUUCAGAUCCAAUAUAUGCCCUGAACAGUGGAACAUGGGCACCAUAUUUGGAUCAGGAAAGAGGAAGAAAUCACUGUCCCAUGAGCGCCUCGGAGGUGGAGGAGCGCUGAUGAUGCAGGGGAGGGGAACAUUGGUGGAGACUGGAGAGAGCGAGGACAUUGGACGCCAUUUUGGUUCUAUUAGAAUCACGGAGCCGGCGGUGGAGCUUGCGUAG